GUGUGUGUACAUCAUAGGGCUUAGAGCCACAGAUAAGAUUUACAGAUAGAGAGGGAAGAAGGGAGAGUGGGGUUAUACUGCCAUCUCACUCACUUGCUCUCACACAGGGACUCAGAUAGGCUGGUAUACUGAUUUUCUCUGCACUUACUCACAGAAGCAACAGGGUCAUGAUGACCCAAAGCCUCCAGAAUGGCUUCACUCUGGAGAACCACUACCUCCAGGAUCUGAAGGGGCCUGUCCCUGUGCCCACUCAAUAUGCUCCAAGGCUGGGUGUACGCCGGGGGUCAGGCCCUGUGGAGCCCCAUAAGGACCAAGAGAUCCAGAGGAAUCGAUCUGGCACUGUACCCGCUCAGGGUGCUCCUCUCCUGGGCUCAUGUCGUGGGCAGAUCCCUGCUCCUAUGGAUGUCCAGAUGUGCCAGUCUAUACAGCCAUGCCAUGCGGAUCACCAAGGAGACCUGAGUGCUGGGCAGCUACUCAAAUGGAUGGACACAAUCGCCUGCCUCGCUGGUCAGUAUAUACAGUGUGUCUGUGUGUGUGUGUGUGUGUGUGUGUGUGUGUGUGUGUGUGUGUGUGUGUGUCUGUGUGUGUGUGUGUGUGUGUGUGUGUCUGUGUGUGUGUGUGAAUAUAUGUGUGUGCAUAUGGCUGUGUGUGCGUGUGUGUCUUUGUGUCUGUUCCCAUGCAAAGAAGACAGAAAAGUAGUUAUAAUGUAAAGUUCAUGGGAACAGUUUCAGACAGAAUAUUUUUUAGUCUGCUAUUCCCAUCUGUAGCUAAAUAUCAGGUGGAGAGUUUCCUCUGGUGUAAAUGCUGAGCAAAUGUUAACAAGAUAGAGACUAGGAACAGUGUUAGAGUUCAGCAAUACAGGAAUAUAAACUGAUUAGACGUCAGGGGUAGUGUCUGCCACCUCACAGACACACCCCCACACACACCACCUCAGUUCCACAAGUAGGGUGUGUGUGUUAGAGCUGCCCUUCAGUGGCCAUCGCUGGACAGACAGGGUAACAGCAGUGCACUGACCCCUCACCUACUAUCAUUCCCCUGCGUGUGUGUGUGUGUGUGUGUGUGUGUGUGUGUGUGUGUGUGUGUGCACAAUAACACAUAAGAGAUUUGUGUUAUCCCCCAUGAGGAUGUUAAUGAUUGAUAUGUCACUGUAAUUGUAGUUCGGCCCCAGUUGGAGAGAUGAAACAUAGAUACUGUAAAUAUAUAGAUAAACAAUGUGAGAUAACAGUGUGUGUGUGUGUCCCUUAGCUGAGCGUCAUGCUGGAAUGGCGUGUGUGACACUCUCCAUGGACGACAUCCAGUUUGAGGAGACUGGAAGGUACGCGUCAAUCAAUCAGUCGAAUCAAUCAAAUGCAUGUAACGUUUUUAAAAUGUCAAAUGUUUUUUGCAGAGUUGGUCAGGUGAUCACCAUCAAGUCCAAAGUCAACAGAGCAUUCACCACUAGCAUGGAGGUAAGACAACACACACGCACACACCCGCGUACACACACACACAUACUCACACAUGUACAAUUAUUAUAUAUAUAUUUUUUAAUAUAACAAUUGUGUGUAGGUGGGAAUCCUUGUGUCAGUGCAGGAUGUGAGGGAACAUGUGGAGAGAUUGGUGUGUGUGGCCUACUCCACCUUUGUUGGAAAGCCAGCGGGACCACAGAAGGUGUUAUUGCAACCGGUGGAGAAUCUGUGUUCUGCAGAGGAGCAGUUGCAGCAUUCUCUGGCCUCAGAGAGACGAAGACUCCGCCUUUACAAUGAACAGACCUUCAGUACCCUGCUACAAGACUACCACACACUAGCCAACGGUCAGUCUCUCUCUCUCUCUCUCUCUCUCUCUCUCUCUCUCUCUCUCUCUCUCUCUCUCUCUCUCUCUCUCUCUCUCUCUCUCUCUCUCUCUCUCUCUCUAACCACAUCUCUGUAUUUCUCUCUCUCUCUCAUUCUCUCUCUCGCUCCUUUCUCACAUCUCUCUAUGAGUGUGUGUGUGCACGUGUGUGUGUGUGUGUGUGUGUGUCAGCCUGGGAUAUUGUGUCCAAAUCUGUAUCGCUAUCUUGACUUGGAUUAUCUUGUCCUGAAUGGAACUAUAAUUGCCCCUUGAACUCAUUUUCAAGGGGCAAUUAUAAAAAAACAAAUACCUUUGUAGCUGAGGAAGAGGCGAGAUAGAGAGAGUUUGCUUGGUACUGUGCUCCGACAGAAAGGACGAAGUGUCAGCCAGAGGACAUACUUGUCAUACUUGAGUAAAAGUAAAGAUACCUUCAUAGAAAAUUUAAAAGUGAAAGUCACCCAGUAAAAUACUACUUGAGUAAAAGUAUUUGGUUUUAAAAAUACUUAAGUAUCAAAAGUAAAAGUAAAAUAAUAAACCAUUUCAAAUUCCUUAUAUUAAGCAAAUCAGACGGCACUUUUUAAAAAUACAUUUUUAUUGACGGAUAGCCAGGGGCACACUCCAACACUCAGACAUAAUUUACAAACGAAGCAUGUUUAGUGAGUCUGCCAGAUCAGAGGCAGUAGGGAUGACCAGCUAUGUUCUCUUGAUAAGUGUGUGAAUUGGGCCAUUUACAUAUCAAAUCAAAUCUAAUUAUAUUUGUCACAUGCGCCGAAUACAACCGUAACAUGAAAUGCUUACUUACAAGCCCUUAACCAACAAUGCAGUUUUAAGAAAAAUAAAUUAAAGAGCAACAAUAAAAUAACAAUAACGAGGCUAUAUACAGGGGGUACCGGUACCGAGUCAAUGUGCGGGGGUACAGGUUAGUUGAGGUAAUUGAGGUAAUAUGUACAUGUAGGUUGAGUUAAAGUGACUAUGCAUAGAUAAUAAACAGCAGCGUAAAAAAAUGCAAAUAGUCUGGGUAGCCAUUUCAUUAGCUAUUCAGCAGUCCUAUGGCUUGGGGUUAGAAGCUGUCAAGAAGCCUUUUGGAACUAGACUUGGCGCUCCGGUACCGCUUCCCGUGCGGUAGCAGAGAGAACAGUCUAUGACUAGGGUGGCUGGAGUCUUUGGCAAUUUUUAGGGCCUUCCUCUGACAACGCCUGGUAUAGAGGUCCUGGAUGGCAGGAAGCUUGGCCCCAGUGAUGUACUGCGCCGUACACACUACCCUCUGUAGCGCCUUGCGGUCGGAGGCCGAGCAGUUGCCAUACCAGGCGGUGAUGCUACCAGUCAGGAUGCUGUCGAUGGUGCAGCUGUAUAACUUUUUGAGGAUCUGAGGACCCAUGCCAAAUCUUUUCAGUCUCCUGAGGGGGAAUAGGCAUUGUCGUGCCCUCUUCACGGCUGUCUUGCUGUGUUUGGCCCAUGUUAGUUUGUUGGUGAUGUGGACACCAAGGAACUUGAAGCUCUCAACCUGCUCCACUACAGCCCAGUCAAUGAGAAUAAGGGCGUGCUCGGCCCUCCCUUUCCUGUAGUCCACAAUCAUCUCCUUUGUCUUGAUCACGUUGAGGGAGAGGCUGUUAUCCUGGCACCACACUGCCAGAUCUCUGACCUCCUCCCUAUGGGCUGUCUCAUCGUUGUCGGUGAUCAGGCCUACCACCGUUGUGUCGUCUGCAAACUUAAUGAUGGUGUUGGAGCGUGCUUGGCCACGCAGUCGUGGGUGAACAGGGAGUACAGGAGGGGAAUAAGCACGCACCCCUGAGGGCCCACCCCAUGUUGAGGAUCAGCUUGGCAGAUGUGUUGUUGCCUACCCUUACCACCGGAGGGCGGCCCAUCAGGAAGUCCAGGAUCCAGUUGCAGAGGGAGGUGUUUAGUCACAGGGUCCUUAGCUUAGUGAUGAGCUUUGAGGGCACUAUGGUGUUCAACGUUGAACUUAAAAAAAAGUCAUCAGGGAUUUAUUUGAGGGUGAAAUUUAAACCACAGGAUUAUGUAAUCAUGGUAACCACAUUUCAACAUACAAAAACCUUGGAUAAAAUAUGUUGAAUUUGUACUUUUAAAACAAUGUCAGAUUUUCUACGUUAUAUCCACUAUCAGAAAGAACAAACAUAGGAAGUGUUGCCCAGACUACUGGGAAAUGUAUCUAUCUACAGCUACACUUUGGUCUCCCAUCCAAGGUAUUAACUAAGCCCAGCUAUUACAGUGGGGGAAAAAAGUAUUUAGUCAGCCACCAAUUGUGCAUGUUCUCCCACUUAAAAAGAUGAGAGAGGCCUGUAAUUUUCAUCAUAGGUACACGUCAACUAUGACAGACAAAAUGAGAAAAAAAAAUCCAGAAAAUCACAUUGUAGGAUUUUUAAUGAAUUUAUUUGCAAAUUAUGGUGGAAAAUAAGUAUUUGGUCAAUAACAAAAGUUUCUCAAUACUUUGUUAUAUACCCUUUGUUGGCAAUGACACAGGUCAAACGUUUUCUGUAAGUCUUCACAAGGUUUUCACACACUGUUGCUGGUAUUUUGGCCCAUUCCUCCAUGCAAAUCUCCUCUAGAGCAGUGAUGUUUUGGGGCUGUCGCUGGGCAACACAGACUUUCAACUCCCUCCAAAGAUUUUCUAUGGGGUUGAGAUCUGGAGACUGGCUAGGCCACUCCAGGACCUUGAAAUGCUUCUUACGAAGCCACUCCUUCGUUGCCCGGGCGGUGUGUUUGUGAUCAUUGUCAUGCUGAAAGACCCAGCCACAUUUCAUCUUCAAUGCCCUUGCUGAUGGAAGGUUUUCACUCAAAAUCUCACGAUACAUGGCCCCAUUCAUUCUUUCCUUUACACGGAUCAGUCGUCCUGGUCCCUUUGCAGAAAAACAGCCCCAAAGCAUGAUGUUUCCACCCCCAUGCUUCACAGUAGGUAUGGUGUUCUUUGGAUGCAACUCAGCAUUCUUUGUCCUCCAAACACGACGAGUUGAGUUUUUACCAAAAAGUUAUAUUUUGGUUUCAUCUGACCAUAUGAAAUUCUCCCAAUCCUCUUCUGGAUCAUCCAAAUGCACUCAAGCAAACUUCAGACGGGCCUGGACAUGUACUGGCUUAAGCAGGGGGACACGUCUGGCACUGCAGGAUUUGAGUCCCUGGCGGCGUAGUGUGUUACUGAUGGUAGGCUUUGUUACUUUGGUCCCAGCUCUCUGCAGUUCAUUCACUAGGUCCCCCCGCUCACCGUUCUUGUGAUCAUUUUGACCCCACGGGGUGAGAUCUUGCGUCGAGCCCCAGAUCGAGGGAGAUUAUCAGUGGUCUUGUAUGUCUUCCAUUUCCUAAUAAUUGCUCCCACAGUUGAUUUCUUCAAACCAAGCUGCUUACCUAUUGCAGAUUCAGUCUUCACAGCCUGGUGCAGGUCUACAAAUUUGUUUCUGGUGUCCUUUGACAGCUCUUUGGUCUUGGCCAUAGUGGAGUUUGGAGUGUGACUGUUUGAGGUUGUGGACAGGUGUCUUUUAUACUGAUAACAAGUUCAAACAGGUGCCAUUAAUACAGGUAACGAGUGGAGGACAGAGGAGCCUCUUAAAGUAGAAGUUACAUGUCUGUGAGAGCCAGAAAUCGUGCUUGUUUGUAGGUGACCAAAUACUUAUUUUCCACCAUAAUUUGCAAAUAAAUUCAUUAAAAAUCCUACAAUGUGAUUUUCUGGAAUUUAUUUUCUCAAUUUGUCUGUCAUAGUUGACGUGUACCUAUGAUGAAAAUUACAGGCCUCUCUCAUCUUUUUAAGUGGGAGAACUUGCACAAUUGGUGGCUGACUAAAUACUUUUUUUCCCCACUGUAUAUUUGUUACCAAUGUGCUAUCAUGAAAAUGAUUGUUGAGAGAUCUCCACUUAAAAACAAAAUAGAUUCACUGUUGCUAUCGAAGUCAUUCCAAAGGGUAGGUUUAACAGAGCAAAUGAAAUGUGACCAUAUUUUAUCAAUCAUCAUUGAUGCUAUAUAGGCCUAUAUAGCAUUUGGAAAGUCAUCAAUAGCAAUUGUUUGAAUUCAACCCAGAAUUCAACUAAAACUAGACAAUACAAUAGGCCUAGGGUUUCAAGCUUGAUUCAAAAUGUAAUGAUAUUAGUGAUAUUGAAUUGUGUUUGUUUGUCAACGCAACCAAAUAUCAACAUUUGACGGAGAUGUAUCUUCUGUUUGGAUAGUUCCAUUUGUGCCACUGACUUAGUCUGGCUUUAAUUCCAGAUGGAACUGUCCAAGCAGAAGAUAUAUGUGUUGACAACCGAACACAAUUCCAUAUCACUUUUAAAAAACAAUAAGUAGUCUAUUAACUUGUUGAUAAAUUAACAAAUGAUAUAUUAGAUUCAUGUCUCCAACUCAAACAAAAAUAACAGUUAAAGAAUGGCUCAGAUGGAACUAUCCAAGCAGUAUAUACAUAUCCUUUAAAUGUUGAUAUUUGGUUGCGUUGUCAACCAAACACAAGUCAAUAUUACUUUUGUAAUACAGUAAAUAGCCUAAAGUUAAGACUAUCUUGCAAACUAAUGUAACAUUCAACCUUAAAAUGAGUAACACAUCCAUGACCACAUUUUGAGGUUACUAUGACUAUACAUUUCUUCUUAUGUAAUCAUAUAAAUCAUGCAAGUUUAAGAUAGCAUGCAUAUAUUUUUUAUUUAUUCUAUUUUUAUUACCUUUAUUUAACUAGGCAAGUCAGUUAAGAAUGACGGGCUAUCAAAAGGCAAAAGGCCUCCUGCGGGGACGGGGGCUGGGACUAAAAAUAAAAAUAUAGGACAAAACACACAUCACGACAAGCGAGACACCACAACACUCCAUAAAGAGAGACCUAAGACAACACAGCAUGGCAGCAACACAUCACAACACAGCAUGGUAGCAACACCACAUGACAACAACAUGGUAGCAGCACAAAACAUGGUACAAACAUUAUUGGGCACAGACAACAGCACAAAGGGCAAGAAGGUAGAGACAACAAUAAAUCACGCGAAGCAGCCAGUCAGUAAGACUGUCCAUGAUUGAGUCUUUGAAUGGAGAGAUGGAGAUAAAACUGUCCAGUUUUAGGGUUUUUUGCAGCUCGUUCCAGUCGCUAGCUACAGCGAACUGGAAAGAGGAGCGACACAGGGAUGUGUGUGCUUUGGGGACCUUUAACAGAAUGUGACUGGCAGAACGAGUGUUGUAUGUGGAGGAUGAGGGCUGCAGUAGGUAUCUCAGAUAGGGGGGAGUGAGGCCUAAGAGGAUUUUAUAAAUAAGCAUCAACCAGUGGGUCUUGCAAUGGGUAUACAGAGAUGACCAGUUUACAGAGGAGUAUAGAGUGCAGUGAUGUGUCCUAUAAGGAGCAUUGGUGGCACAUCUGAUGGCCGAAUGGUAAAGAACAUCUAGCCGCUUGAGAGCACCCUUACCUGCCGAUCUAUAAAUUACAUCUCCCUAAUCUAGCAUGGGUAGGAUUGUCAUCUGAAUCAGGGUUAGUUUGGCAGCUGGGGUGAAAGAGGAGCGAUUACGAUAGAGGAAACCAAGUCUAGAUUUAACCUUAGCCUGCAGCUUUGAUAUGUGCUGAGAGAAGGACUGUGUACCAUCUAGCCAUACUCCCAAGUAUUUGUAUGAGCUGACUACCUCAAGCUCUAAACCCUCAGAGGUAGUAAUCACACCAUUGGGAAGAGGGGCGUUUUUCUUACCAAACCACAUGACCUUUGUUUUGGAGGUUUUCAGAACAAGGUUAAGGGCAGAGAAAGAUUGUUGGACACUAAGAAAGCUUUGUUGUAGAGCUGGUCUGUGGAGAUCCUCACAAUUGAUGUAAUAAUCUGCGCAAUAUCUCGAACACCAUUGAUCACUUGCACCAUGAUGUACUUUAAUGUAAUCUCAACUGGAAUCCAGGUAAUCUGCUAUUAGAUGAAGCACAUUGAUAAGUAACACAAUCUGUUGUAUAAAUAAACAAAAUAUCUGACACUGUAUUCCCAUUUGAACUUUGCUGUGCUUUUAAAUGGUUGAAAGUGCAGUGAUAACACAUUGGAAAUUCAACCAACUUUUGGCUGUUUUUUUUGAGUGGGUGAAUAUAGGUUGUAAUCUCAUUGAUCAACAUCUCAACCAAAUAUUACCCAAUUAUCCACGUUGAAAUGACGUAGUGUACCCAGUGGGUUGUCUAUGUGUAAUGCUCUCUGUCAGAGCCACAUGAUGAAUAAACUUACAUCUUUGUCUGAGGGCUAUUUCUGAGUUGGUGAUUAGCUGUACUACACGUGUCAUUACAUCUCUUUUUAAUCGCCAUGUCUGUAUCUGUUCCUCCCCAUCAGGUAACUGUUCCUCUCCAGGUGUGUGUAGCAGGAGAGACCCGCUGUCUGCCGUGUCCACAGAGUUCACGCGUGUAGAGAGCAUCGAGCUGGUCCUGCCUCCACACGCUAAUCACCACGGCAACACCUUCGGAGGACAGAUCAUGGCCUGGAUGGAGAACGCAGCCACAGUGGCAGCCAGGUAGAUACACACACACACACACACACACACACACACACACACACACACACACACACACACACACACACACACACACACACACACACACACACACACACACACACACACACACACACACACUCACACAUGCACACACACUCUACUAACCCUCUCUGUCUCUCUCUACAGUCGUCUGUGUGGCUGCUUCCCCUCUCUGAGGUCUGUAGACAUGUUCCGUUUCAGAGGUCCCUCCUCUGUAGGAGACAGACUGGUCUUUAAGGCUAUGGUCAACAACACAUUUAACAACAGGUAACAUGUCUAAGCAUCUGUGUUACCUUUCAGAUAAUAGGAUCCUAUGAAAAUGUAUUUAGCACCGUAUUUAAAAUGUGUGUGUGCCUGUGUGUAUAGUAUCGAGGUAGGUGUCCGAGUGGAGGCCUAUAACUGUGAGGAGUGGACUUCGAACAAACCGCGUCACAUCAACAGUGCCUUCCUCAUCUACCAGCUGGCUAACACAUCAGGAGAUGCACCUGCCUUCCCCCAAGUCACAUACACCACCCAGGACGGGGAGAGGAGGUAUCUGUCUGCCAUUGUCAGGAAGAGAAUACGCAUGGCUAGAAAGCACAUCCUGUCCUGUAAGGAGGAGGCUCCUCUCUCUGUCCCCUGGGAUAAAAGCAACCAGGUACUACAACCAUGUAAUGAACAUGACACUACCAGCACGCAUCGUUCUAGCUAAGAUAGCCUUGUACCUGACUGUUUUUGCAUUCAACCACAUUGCUGCCAUGCAGUGGUGUAAAGUACUUCAGUAAAACUUUAAAGUACUAUUUAAGUAUUUUUGGGGAGUAUCUGUACUUUACACUACUAUUUAUAUUUCUGACUACUUUUACUUUUACUUCACUACAUUCCUGAAGAAAAUAAUGUACUUUUUACUCCAUACAUUUUCCCUGACACCCAAAAGUACUCGUUACAUUUAGAAUGCUUAGCAGGACAGGAAAAUGGUCCAAUUCACACACUUAUCAAGGGAACAUCCCUGGUCAUCCCUACUGCUUCUGAUCUGAUGGACUCACUAAACACAAAUGCUUUGUUUGUAAAGGAUGUCUGAGUGUUGGAGUGUGCCCCUGGCUGUCCGUAAAUUACUCUGGUUUGCUUAAUAUAAGGAAUUUGAAAUUAUUUAUACUUUUACUUUUGAUACUUAGGUAUAUUUAACACCAAAUACUUUUAGACUUUUACUCAAGUAGCAUUUUACUGGGUGACUUUCACUUUUCAUUUUCUAUUAAGGUAUCUUUACUUCUACUCAAGUAUGACAAUUGAGAACUUUUUCUACCACUGCUGCCAUGCCAGAUGACAAGUUCGUUAAAGCUGAGAUACACUUUUAGUUAAGCGUCAUUAUUUCCCAGCUGACUGUCUAUCUCCUAUCGCCCCCUGCAGGUGUAUCUGGGCUAUAACAACGUAGCUGCUCUGACUGUACUGGCUGGGAAACAAGACUGGGAGGCCAGCAGCAUCAGUGACAGGGUGAGAAACACACACAAAUGCAUGAACGGAGACAUUAUAUGGCAAUUUUGUAAAGGAUACUCUCUGUCCUUUUUGGACACCAUUUUGCUUUUACGUUGUCCUUACUCUGUUGUAUGUUUGUGUAUCCAGGUCGGUGUGUAUGUCCAUGAGGAGGCGGAGCUGCUUUGUGUCCAAGUUCAGAUGGAGGUCAUGACCUCUGCCCUCCAUGCCUUCACCCUACUGGUUGACCUCACACUGCGACCUCUUUGGGACACACACUACCUGUAAGUAUGACCGACACAGAGCUUUAUGUUCAUUAAACUAACUAAACAGUUAACUUAUCACGUCCCCUUCUUCCUGUAGGAGCUGUGAGGAGGUGGAGAGGGCGGAUGAGGAAGAGACGGUGUAUCACAUUAAAUGCUCCCCCAUCAAUGGAGGGAAGAGCCGAGACUUUGUGUUCCUGCUGUCAAAGAGGCAGCCCUGCAAAGACGGGUAAUGUUUCCUUUAGAAUAAUUUGUGUGUGUGUUCCUGUCUUCUACAGUGGCGAUGGUUAUGUGAUCAUUCUGAUUUCUGUAACUGUAUGUGUGUUCCUCUUCUACAGUGACCCCUAUGUGGUAGCCCUGAGGUCUGUAACUGUGACGGCAGUUCCCCCUGUGGAGGGUUUCCUCCGUAGCGAGGCCAAGUGUGCCGGGUUCCUCAUCCACAGCCUGGGACUCAACAGCUGCAAGGUGAGGCAGUCACAUAUGCACACUCUAGUGAUGGGAAGUUUGGCUCGUUUUACUGACUUGGACCUUUUCGAGUCAUUCAGUUAAAAGAACAAAUCUUUAAACAAAUGUUGUUAAUUUGAUUCAGUAAUACCAAGAGCAUGCAAGACCCCUACCGGCGAACGAUGAACUGAAAACUUGAGUCAUGAUUCUACAAGCCUCUCAGAGUCACAUCUCAUUCACCAUAAGAGGCUUUUUGGCGCUGUCAUUUGUGACAGACUUGUAAAAGUGUGAUUUAAACAAUGUAAAUCUGUGAUUGCUAGGCAUACAUAUAUGAUUGUUCCUUGAUUCCUUUGAAACGAGGUCUAGUUUGCGCUACAAACUAUUAAAAGCUAUCUAUGAAAACCUGAGACUCUUACGAACACACACAUGUUUUGCUCUAUGACUCUCAGAAGCCACACAAGAGUUGUUAGAAGGUAAGGGGAUCAUAGGAAAUCCCAGGACAUAGUGUCUAUAAUACUGUAAUAAGCUCACAGUUGCUGUCACAAACUCCAAACUCCACACAGUUGUCACUGACUAGUAGGAUAUUCAUUUCCCACAGAACAAACCAUUUCUGUACUUACAGCAUUCUUAUCAAUUAUUUUUUAAUCUGUUUUUUUUUUUUCUUUGGCAGAUCUUGUUUUUUUAAUUGACAAUUUGUCAAUAAAACUCAUGAAUGCAACUGUUUAUGUCGUAUAGUGUUCUACUUGUAACCCUGGUUGUCCUGAAAAUAAAAUGGUGAAACAAUUCAUUGUGAGGCUUAAUAUAAGUGCUGGACAUGCAGAUAAAUGAAAGUAAUUUAAAUAAAAUCUUAUUUUUGCUGAGGUCUCAGGACUGAUAUGGUUAAUACACACAGUAUAAUAACUUGUUAGCUUUCAUCACGUCUUCAUUAACCCUCCACAGAGACCUCACAAUUCAUAUAAAAUGUGUUAACACCAUGUGUGCAUGUGUUAUUCUUUGUUCCAGGUGUGUUACUACAACCAGGUGACGUCAGGUGUGUUGCCAUAUGUAGCAGGUAACCUGGCAGGCUGGUCCAAGUCUAUGGAGGAGACGGCUAGCGCUUGUAUCACUUUCCUGGAGAGAGACCUCAUCACUAGCGUCUUC